AUGCUCCAAUGCCUUCAUAAGGCCGACAUCCUCCAAUGUAUGGUUGGGGUGAAGGGCGAGAAAUGUGACCACAGGCUGAUCCUUGGGACAUACGCGACGACUCCCUCAGGGUUGGGUCAGAGCCGAAUGUCCGAUAUGAAUUUGACUUUUGCAGCCCGCGACGCGCGAGGGAGUGACAGCAGUCGGCAUGCGCGCUCUCGGCAUUCUGUGCCUUGUACAUAA